AAAUCACCAUACGAUACUGAUGAGAUUCGCGCCGAUCGCAGAUUGAACGAUACGAUAAACAGCCUGUUUGAGUCCCACAUGUCAACCGCAGUGUAUACUUCAGCAAGGUGUUCCCCGAAACCGUCUUCAUUCCAUAUUCAUUGAACGCAUCAUGUUUUUUGUAUUAUCGCAUCUUGUGGCCCUUGGGGCCAUAUCGCAUGUCACUUCGGCAGUCUCUCUUGAAGGUCGCCAAGCGCAGCAAAAAGUCACCAUCGACCUGACGAAGAGAUACCAGAUGAUUGACGGCUUCGGAUUCUCAGGUGCAUUCCAGCGCGCGAACCUCAUCGUCAAUCUUCAGCAACCCAAACAGCGCGAGGUUCUCGAUCUACUCUUCAACACGACCACUGGCGCUGGCUUCUCAAUCGUGCGCAAUGGCAUUGGCUCAACACCCAAUAGCAACAAUGACUUCAUGAAUACGAUCCUUCCCAAAUGCCCAAGCACUCCAGCUGAAGUCACCAUUAACUACAGCGGGUACAUCUGGGAUGGUAAGGACAGCGGACAGUUGUUCCUAAGCCAAAGAGCACAAGAGUAUGGCGUCAACACCUUCUACGCAAAUGCAUGGAGUGCGCCUGGAUGCAUGAAGACAAACAACCAAGACACCAACGGUGGCCAGCUCUGUGGUGUCUCUGGCACCAAUUGUCGCUCCGGGGAUUGGAAACAAGCCUACGCGAACUACCUCGUUGCGUAUAUCAACUUCUACGCGUCAGCCGGCGUCAAAGUCACGCACCUUGGCUUUCUAAACGAGCCCGACCUAUCUACCUCGUACGCCUCAAUGCUUUCAUCCGGUACUCAAGCCGCCGACUUCAUCAAAGUCCUUCGUCCAACACUCGAUCGUGCGAACUUGACCUCCGUGGGCAUCAACUGCUGCGAGGCGACAGGCUGGAACGUCGCAACCCAACACGCGCAGCAAAUCGCAUCUGCCGGUGCCGAAGGCCUCGUCUAUGCCAUCACCUCACACGAGUAUACUUCGCGCAUCAGUGGCACUAUGCGCACCGCCGCACGCGUCUGGCAAACCGAGUACUCUGACCUUAACGGUGGUUGGAGCACGGCGUGGUAUUCCAAUGGAGGCGCUGGCGAUGGCUUUACCUGGGCGAACACCGUCUUCAACGGCAUCGUGAACUCCAAUCUGUCCGCUUACAUAUUCUGGGAAGGCGUCCAAGACCGCGCUACGAACAACAACAAUAACGAGAAGCUUAUCUUGGUUGACGGCCAGAGCUACCAAGUUAGCAAACGGCUUUGGGCUUUCGCGCAGUUCCGCGUCGUCAGGCCGGGCGCGGUGAGAGUAGGCGCUAGUGGCGGGGUGAAUCUUAAAUCUGGCGCCUUUGUCAAUGCGGACGGAAGUGUCGCAGUCGUGGUCAUCAACUCUGCUACAAGUGCGCAGAGUGUGGGUGUUGCACUGGCUGGGUAUCCGGAUGUGAGGGCGUGGUACACCGACAAUACACAUGACAUGAGUGCAGCUGUGGUGACGAUGGGGAGUGAUGGAACUGCAAGCGCAAGUGUACCCGGUAGAUCGAUGAUCAGUUUUUUGUUCAAGAAAGCUACGAAUGCGACAAUGUCGUAGGUUGAGUGGUGGAUAACGAAGGUGCACUGGCGGUGCGGGGUGGGGCUUCUAGCGCCAAGCGCGCCCGCCCCGUGAAGGCGCCACCCCCGCGUGACAUGAGCUGAGGUCACAUCUUCAA